AUGCAGUCGGAGGAGGGUGAAGAGCAGAUGCAAUGUAAUCCAAACAAGCAGCCCGAUUCCGAUUUACCUUCGCCCCGAAGUGCGGAGGUGUGCGGCGAUUCCGGUGACAGCACAAAAAUUAAUAUCGUCUUAAAACCGGUCGGUGAUGCUCCCAUCAUGAAGCAACGCAGAUGGCUUGUUUUGCGCUCUCGUCCGUUGGCGUGGGUAAACGCGUUCAUCCGCAAGUACCUUAACCUGGACCAGAAAGAUUCGCUGUUCCUCUACGUCAACCAGAGCUUCUGCCCGUCACCCGACUAUACCAUCGACAAUCUCUACAGCUGCUUUGGCUCCGAUGGCAAGCUAAUUAUCAAUUACAGCAUUUCGGAAGCGUGGGGCUGA